ACAGCCUCCUAAGCCAAAACAAAAGGCCGAGCUACACUCUCCAAUACCCACAUUGUGAGAAGCUACAACUGCUUCUCUUUUGUCAAAUAUGGCAGCGUCUUCACUCUCACUGAACUGGGUUUCAACCACCUUUUGCAAGAAGUUGAACUUGCCUCAUUCGAAGGACUUCUCUCGAGAUACUGCCUUUUGUUUACGUAACACCAUCACAUGCUCAAGAGAGGCAUCCUCAGAUGACGAAAGCAAUUGCAAGAGAAGGCUGCUGCUUUUGAAAAUUGGAGCACUGACUGCAACUGCAGGUUUACUCCCUGCAAGUUCCCUUUUUGCUGAAGAAAUACCGAAGAACUAUCGAGCUUUUGUUGAUUCUGCAGAUGGGUAUUCUUAUUACUACCCCUCGGAUUGGAGGGAAUUUGACUUCAGGGCACAUGAUUCUGCAUUUAAGGAUCGAUAUUUGCAACUGCAAAACGUUCGAGUGAGAUUUAUACCAACUGGUAAAAAAGACAUCCAUGAUAUGGGUCCAAUGGAAGAGGUAAUUUCCAAUUUGGUGAGACAUUAUUAUGCUGCACCAAAUCAAGUAGCUGAUAUAAUCGAGAUGCAGGAGAAAACCGUUGAUGGGAAAAAUUAUUACACCUUUGAGUAUGAACUUACAUCUCCGAAUUUUUCAACCACUUCCUUUGCAACCAUAGCAAUUGCAAAUGGGAGAUAUUACACGCUGAUUGUCGGAGCAAACACAAGACGAUGGAAAAGAUAUCGCGAUAUGCUUAGAGUGGUAGCAGACUCUUUUAAGGUGCUUGACAUAUGAAGAACUGUUGUGGAGCUGGCAAUCUCUUAUGUGAAAGCUAGUCAUAAUUUGUAUUUGUUCUUCUUUUCUAUUUUUUUUUUCUUUCCUUUUUAUUGAUUGUUAAUUUGCAAUAAAAAUGUAUAUAUUGAGCAAGAAAGUCCCCUGCAGAAGUCAUCACCACCAAAAUUAACUACCAAUCUGUAUGCAACAACUCAAGUUUAUGCCAUAUAAUAAUAAGCAGGACAUAGAACGCUUGUUUUU